UUGCACAGCGAGUAGACCUCCAGAUUCUAGAGCGCACGAGGCUUGGGUGUGGGAAAAUAAAGGAAAAAAAUGGCAUUUUUGAGGUCAGUGGUGACCACAAAAACAACAGCCAUAGCAGCCACGGUUGCGAUUCCAGCUGCCUUUGCUCUCUCUUCCGUCUCCCCCUCUCCGUCAACUUCACACUCUUCUGCUUCCUUCCAAAGGGUAUUCAAGAACUUGGGUUUUGGCUCUCUCAGUUGCUCCUCGAAUCCGAUUCGCGGACUCGAAAAAUCGGGUCUUGUGAAGAGCUUUGCGAGCCCGUCUUCGGCUGCUGUUGAGAUGGAUCAGAAACCAGCAACCCAGAACGGUGCGGUGCUGCCGGAGCUGCUGACUGAAUUCAUGGUGGAUAUGAAAUGUGAGGGCUGUGUGAAUUCAGUCAAGAACAAGUUGCAGACUGUUGAUGGUGUUAAAAAUGUGGAUGUGGACCUGGCCAAUCAAGUUGUACGAGUUCUUGGUACUUCGCCUGUGAAGAUCUUGACUGAAGCCUUGGAGCAGACUGGUCGAAAAGCCAGAUUAAUUGGACAAGGGGUACCAGAUGAGUUUCUAGUUUCAGCAGCUGUUGCUGAAUUUAAAGGUCCAGCUAUAUUUGGAGUUGUUCGCUUAGCCCAAGUGAAUAUGGAAUUGGCCAGGAUUGAAGCUAACUUCAGCGGUUUGCCUCCUGGAAAGCAUGGUUGGUCCAUUAAUGAAUUUGGUGAUUUGACAAGAGGGGCUGCGAGCACUGGUAAAGUGUUUAAUCCAACUAAGGAUGAAAAAGAGCCACUUGGUGACCUGGGAACAUUAGAAGUGGACGAAAAGGGUGAGGCAUUCUUUUCCAGUGUCAAAGAAAAGCUGAGAGUUGGUGACCUUAUUGGCCGAUCCAUAGUGGUAUAUGGGACUGAAGAUAAAUCAGACGAAGGUAUUGCAGCUGCAGUGGUCGCUAGAAGUGCAGGAGUCGGUGAGAACUACAAAAAGCUUUGCACUUGUGACGGUACCACUAUCUGGGAAGCAACUAAUGCAGAUUUUGUCACCAGCAAAGUUUGAGCACUACAGGUCUGGGCACAAUUUUCUGCUGUAGAGUUACACUGUACUGUUUCAAACAUUUAUGCGACACUUAAAAAUAUCAUUAUGAAUAAACGAUGGCGCUGUCAUAUUAGCUGACAACGGUGUAGGCCAGAGAAUUUUUAUGUUGCCAUCCAUCACGAAAUCGGUCAGUUGUGAUUAUUAUGUUCUGAUUGUUCUUACUUCGGCAUUUGCUCAAAGCUCCGUAUUUAUGGCACUAUAUCCGAUCGAAAACUGGAACCGAGAUUAUCAACUGAGAUUGCUAGAGUA